UUAAGGCGGCUGUUAGGAUGCGCCUCCAGAUAGAAGAAAGAAUUUGGAACGGCAUGAUACGGUCGUCGGUGAACUGGGAAGUGGACGAUAAGUACUUAUGUAGGAGAGGAAGCCGCUUACCUGCACAUCCAACACAUGCCAAACCAAUGCUGAAGCGUGUGGAUUGGCAACGAGGUAUCCUCGUGAAGUUGCUAGCCUCGUUCCAAUCUGGCUGACUACUUACAUAACCUGUAUGACUCUUCUACUACUGUUGACCAUCAUCUCCCUGUGUGUUCGCCAUGUCUCAAGCUCAAGUUACCACUAAUUUUGCUCUCAUGAAGGCUGAAUGGAGCAAUCCAACAAGUGUUCUUACCAUACUCUCGGUUAUCGGUGGUGACAUUGUGCAAAGCGCAAUCGCUCAACUCUCCUACGCAUUCUCUGCCAUUCUUUGCGCCAUUGGGUCCCGUCGCUUGGCACCGGACCCUGACUGUCCCUGCAGCCUCGUUGAUGUUAGCACUGGGUACGCCCGCGAUGUCAAAUCCUGGCCUCUUUCCCGCCUUGUCCGUGACUACGAAUUCCCCGGGGAGACCCCUCCGGGCCUCACCAUCACCUUUUAUGAGACCUCUCCAGACAAAGACUGCGGGAUACCUGAUCAUGAUUGGGUAUACUAUAGUGGGGUUAUUGUCAUCAUGGUGCAGCUCGCCAUAGCCAUUAUACCCGGAGCAUUGUUCGGCAAUUGGAUGAUUAUUAUCAUCACUGCUGGCGGGAUACUCCUUGCCCAAGUCCAGGCUGCUCUUCCUCAAUGGCAAAAGGAACUCUGGAGCGCACGUCUUAUUCCGGACGCAAAAUCAGAGGUCGUGUGUCUCACAAAGGGGAAUGGCAGCGCAUAUGUGAUGGUUGUCAAAAGUGAUGGGGUUGGACUCAGACUGGCAGAUCUUGCUUCAGGAAGAGAAGUGACUUCGAGGACAACAGUACCGGCCACAUUCUUACUUGCCAUUUUGUGGCUGAUACAUCUCUUUUGCAUGACCGGUGUAGUCAAUAACUCCUGGUACUCACUUCUCAUCGGUGCGCUGGGUAUGAUGCAAAAUGCCAUCGCUUCCGGCGCACGUCGCAGCCCUGGAGCCUUGGGCUUUCAUUUGGAAAAAGUGCGCGAAGUACAAAACAAAAAAGUCUUUGCCGCGCUGAAGGAGGCAGAGGAGGUCGAAAGGAAAGUAGGAGUUGUGUUGACAGAUAUUUUCUUCCCGGGUGGUCUACGGCCUGACGAAGAAGCAUGGAAACAAGAGAGGAUGGCCGAUAAUGCAACGAAGGAGUAGGAGUAGGAAAGAGAGCGCUGGAGAGCUACUUCGUGGUUUCGAGAGCUGUCUUAAUGUUGUCCUUGCAAGAGCGUGUCAUAUUCGGUAAGUCAAUUUGCUUCCUACUGUGCUUGGUACUUCUGUACACUGUAUUACGGCCGCCGUAAAGAUGGGCCUCUAUACCUUCUAUACUACGCGCUGGGCCGGGCCUCCAGCCCGAAGCCGAG